CAAUCCUCAAAACUAUCAAAAACUUUCGUCCUCGUCACUUCAAAUGGCGGCCAUUUCCGCAAGCUCCUCCCCAUCUCUUCACCGCUUGAGAUCCUCAUCUUCCCAUUCUUCUUCUCCCCAUCUCCUCAUACCCUCGACGCGGGUAUCCUUCCCGACAAAGAUCUCUCAUCUCUCCCAUAAAUCUUCCAACCACAACAAUGAAACAGCGAAAAAGAGAAUCGUUAGAAGCGUCAACGAGAGAGCCUCCGACGCAACCCCAAACUCGAAGGUGAGGAAGCACACGAUCUCAGUGUUCGUUGGAGACGAGAGUGGAAUGAUUAAUAGGAUUGCAGGAGUCUUUGCGAGGAGAGGUUACAACAUCGAGAGUCUUGCUGUUGGUUUGAACAGAGACAAGGCUCUCUUCACUAUUGUUGUCUCUGGCACUGAACGGGUUCUUCAGCAGGUCAUUGAGCAGCUUCAGAAACUCGUUAACGUUCUCAAGGUUGUUGAGGAUAUCUCGAGUGAGCCGCAAGUGGAGCGUGAGCUGAUGCUUGUCAAAGUCAAUGCACAUCCCGAAUCCAGGGCUGAGAUCAUGUGGCUAGUUGAUACAUUCAGAGCAAAAGUUGUUGAUAUUGCGGAGCAUGCAUUAACUAUUGAGGUAACUGGAGAUCCUGGGAAAAUGAUUGCUGUAGAAAGAAGUCUGAAAAAGUUUCAGAUCAGAGAGAUUGUCAGGACAGGAAAGAUCGCUCUGCGAAGGGAAAAGAUGGGUGCUACUGCCCCAUUUUGGCGAUUUUCAGCAGCGUCUUAUCCAGAUCUCAAGGAGCAAGCACCUGUUAAUAUUCUUCGAGGUAGCAAAACAGGAGCUGUGGUCGCUCCAAUUGAAACCACAGCAGGGGGAGAUGUUUAUCCCGUUGAGUCAACUUCUGACCUAAUGGUACAUCGUGUUCUUGACGCUCACUGGGGACUUCUCACGGACGAAGAUACGAGUGGACUACGGUCACAUACUCUGUCUUUGCUUGUAAACGAUGUUCCAGGAGUCCUCAACCUUGUAACUGGUGUUUUCUCUCGAAGGGGAUACAAUAUUCAGAGCUUGGCUGUAGGACAUGCUGAAGCAGAGGGCAUUUCACGCAUUACAACAGUUGUUCCUGCAACAGAUGAAUCAGUCAGCAAAUUGGUGCAGCAACUUUAUAAACUCGUAGAUGUGCAUGAGGUCCAUGAUCUUACUCAUUUGCCAUUUGCUGAAAGAGAACUGAUGCUGAUCAAGAUUGCUGUGAACGCUGCCGCGAGAAGAGAUGUCCUGGACAUUGCUAAUAUUUUCAGGGCAAAAGCUGUUGACGUAUCCGAUCAUACAAUUACUUUGCAGCUUACUGGGGAUCUUGACAAGAUGGUUGCACUGCAAAGGUUGUUGGAGCCCUACGGUAUAUGCGAGGUUGCAAGAACAGGGCGUGUGGCCUUGGCUCGUGAAUCAGGAGUAGACUCCAAGUAUCUUCGUGGAUACUCCUUCCCUUUAACAGGUUAGUAAACCUGUUAAAGACUGUAUCCAUGGAACAACACAAAAAAAGACUUUGAAGAUAAAAGUUUCAUUACACAUUUAUGAGCCAACCUAAAGACCGAGCCAGAGCGACUGUAGAUAUGUUUUAGACUUGGUUUAUUUCAUUUCAGUUACUCUAUUAUAUUUUGAGAAACAAAAAUGUUUUGUUAGGAGGACUAAUAAUCUUCGCUCGUCUUCGGUUUUCCCAAUAGUUAUCUCCUCCUACGAUGAAUAAACCACACUUUUGAUUUCAUAAAAG